UCAAGAGGAUGAUGACGUGUUUCCGCUCUCACACCCGACAUUACAACAACAAGGCAGGCGAGCGGAGCUCGGGCGGAGAGAAGCGACGGCACCAGAAGAGUAAACAGAAAUCCAGGAGCUGCCACCACACAAGAAUUGCCUCUAUACAUUAUAUUGGAAACCACGAACAGAUCUACAGAUGCAGCAGAUGUUGUAGAGGGGGAACCCCAUCCCCCACUUACAGCAGGGACUGUUUUAGGUGUUUUGCUGAGUCCAGAAUGGAGAGGAUUUGAGGCUGAAGUUUUCUCCUCAGGUGAGUCCUGAGUCGUGACACUAAGCUCUCCUGAGCUCAGGUUCUUCAGAGCCCACCCUGCUAGUAAUAUGAGCCAUGGACUCUGGGGCAGUUGAUAUUCCUGUAACCCUGGUCAUUAAGGCCCCCAACCAGAAGUAUGAAGACCAGACCAUUAACUGCUUCCUCAACUGGACCGUGGAGAGGCUGAAGAGUCACAUCUCCAACGUGUACCCCAGUAAGCCGCUGUCCAAAGACCAGCGGCUGGUGUACUCAGGACGGCUCCUUCAAGACCACCUGCAGCUCAGAGACGUGCUCAGAAAGCAGGAUGAAUACCACAUGAUGCAUCUAGUGUGUAGCUCUCACAGCCCCCCAGGCUCGCCCACGCCUCGCAGCCCCUCCAUGGCCAACCCCAACUCUUCUGCCUCUGACUCCAGCAGUUCAGACAGUGCCAGCUCCGCCUCCCCCGCUACCACACCAAAUCAGGACAGUCAGCCAGCCUCGUCCUCGUCCUCCUCCCCCUCUGUCCCAGGAAGUUAUGAUGGGCUGAGGUAUCGUGGCGGUUUCCCCCAGUACAACCCUCAAAGCCCCCCCGGUGUCCCUCAGUGGCCAGGUGGAGCCCAGGUCCCUUUACAAGGUGGCCUCCCUGCCAACGCCCCCCCCCACCCCAUGUACAUGCCCAUGCAGAUGCUGUGGUGGCAGCAGAUGUACGCUCGCCAUUACUACAUGCAAUACCAAGCAGCAGUAGCCGCCUCUCAGCCUCCCAGCACCCCACCUCCCUCCUCUCCCUUGUCCGCCCCCCAUCAGCCCGCUCAGCCUAACGAAGCCGUGCAGCCCCCGCUGGGGCCUAACCCGGCCCCCAACCCUUUACCAGAGAACCAGCCGGCCAACCCCAACAUCCAGAUGAACGCGCAGGGCGGGGCGGUGUUGAACGACGACGAGCUGAACCGCGAUUGGCUGGACUGGCUGUACACAGUGUCUCGUGCUGGCGUCCUGCUCAGCAUCGUCUACUUCUACUCCUCCUUCAGCCGCUUCGUCAUGGUGGUCGGCGCCAUGCUUCUCGUCUACCUGCACCAGGCCGGUUGGUUUCCCUUCAGGCCGGAGCAGCAGAACCUUAGAGGAGAAAGGGCUGGAGCUCCGCAGGAGGAAGCAGAGAGACAUCAAGACAUACAGGAAAUGGAGCGUCUGAUGGAUGAGGGGAUGGAGGACGAUGACAGCGGUGAGGAAGGGGGUGGAGGCCCUGAGGACCAGGCCCAGGCUGCUGCUGCUGCUGCUGCUGCUGCUCUCCCUGAGCCAGGCUUCCUCACCACCGCGUGGUCCUUCAUCAGCACCUUCUUCACCUCGCUCAUCCCCGAGGGACGGCCCCAUCCGGCCAACUAGGUAGACCCCCUACCUCUCAAAACCCCUCUUCCUCCUCCUGCCAGCAGGUAUCGCUCUACGGCAUUUCCCACCUUCAUCUUUACUGUCCUGAAUACCCCAUUAACUCCACAAUAGUCCAGUCAAAACCAAAUCAGAGCCGACCUUUUAUCCCAGACCGCCGGGCACAGCCCUGCCACUCGGUUACAAACCUCCUACAUGCUGCCAACGAACGAACGGACGGAUAUUUUAAAACGGACUAAUCUGAAGUCUGAGAGCAGAUGCCGUGUGAGCUCGGCAGGGGUUUAGAGGAAUAAAUGAACAUUUAGAAAAUAAAUAUAACGCUGUGUUAAUGGAGUAAAUGCUUCAGCAGUGAAAGUUUUUUUUUUUUUAUUUCAUCGAUCGUGAAUUCAUUGAUUCUUGGUGAUGGUGAGAGACGCUGGAGGGAGCUGUCUUCCAUUUUAAGCAGUGAAAAGGUCAUGCUUUUGAAAUGUUUCAAAUGAGGGAUGUGACCCAGUUCACACGAAAAAAAAUUUAUCAGGAAUCUCCCUAAAACAACAGGGAGAUGUGUGUCCUCAAUAAACCAUGAAAACCACAUCCCUAAAGACAUUUUCAUGUAUGCACUCGAUGUGCAUAUAGACAUUGCAGCUACUGAAGCACAUUGUUUUCCCACUUUGUGUAUUUACACAUGUAAUUUACACAUGUAAGUAUAUGCAUCUUUAAUUCCUGAAUAUAUGCUUUUUUGAAUAAAAAUCUUGCUGCGGUUCGA